GUUUGAUCCCAUUUGUCUACGAUGAGUACUAGUCUAUACGGUUUUAUCUUGCUCAGAUAGUUUUUAACAUACUGCCCCACGCCCGGAAUUGCGAAGGACAAUGUCAAGCCUGUCAGCCCCCACUAGACUAACUCGUUCAGGGAUGGUGACGACACUCGUCAUUCUCAAAUCUGCGCCCAAUGCGGCUGAGCUCAACCCAAGACAAACUGCUCACAUCCAUUUUCCCUCUUCCGUUCUAAGUCAGCCAUGCCCGACGCGCCUCCUAUCCCAAGUGUGACCACCCUCCGCGCAACAUGCUGACCCUCCUCAUCCUCAGUCUAGCCACGCAGGCGCUGGCCCAGAGAAACUCGACUGUUUUGAUCGGUUGGCAGUUUGAUGGCGACGAUCGCUCAUCAUGGAAUAUUCUUUGGACGUGUCUCUCCACCAUUCUGGCGUGCACCUGGACUGCAAUGCAUCUCCAAUACCAUGGAAAGGAUAAUUCCCACAUCGGGAUGAACCGCAUAGGGAAAAGCUUCACAUGGAUUGCCGCCGUGCUUGCGCCGGAACUGAUGUCUUUUAUUGCAGUUCAAGAAUAUUGGGAGGUGAAGCUGAUUCUUGCGAGCUGCAAUGCUGCUCAAACGGCAUUCUCCAGUGGGCAGAAAGCUUCCUUGUUGGAGCCGGUCAUAGAGAUUACCAACCACAACGAUGAGGAGGACCCGAAGCCGCCAAAGUUACCCAAAGAGGUCUCGAACGAUGGCGAGAAAGAAAUUUCAGAGCGCCCAGCGAUAGAGGCGACAAAGCCACCGACACAUGUUUUUCGAUAUUGGAAAAUGGCCCAAGGGUACUAUAUCCGCAUGGGCGGUUUUGUUCUCCAGACCAAGGACUACUGGGUAUACACUGUUCGGCCCGCAAAUGUCGUCCUCCUCAUUGAGGCAGGAGUUAUCAAGCCAUCUAGCUUGAAGAUAGGCGAUAUCAAAGAUCGAGACAAAUCCGACCCCCUGUCAAAGGCCUUCACUCUCCUCCAAAGCGCAUGGGUGACAAUUAAUAUCAUCGCCAGAAGGGCAUAUGACUUGCCCAUCUCGCCCCUGGAGCUCUCCACCGUGGCCUAUGUGGCCUGUGCCUUGGUCACUUAUUUGGCUUGGUGGGAUAAGCCCAAGGAUGCUGACACGUUCAUCACUCUCCACCUACCUUAUGACCGUGACAGUGACGAGAUGCCAACUCAAUUCCGCGAUGCGGACAGGACAGAUUGGAUGCACCUGCCGCCGCCGCUAAUCAAGGACAACGCCGAGUCCAACGAGAAAGAUGGACACUGGAAACGAGCAGCUUUUGUUGCGCUGUGUAACGACCCAGUUGGAUUCUGGAGAAGAAUCAAGGAAUCACACAAGGAGAUCCGUUCCCAGCGAGUACACAAGCAGAUGGAGUUGGAUUCUUUGGCAGACAACUCGGGCUCUUCCGCAGACAACUCGGAGGAGACAUAUAAUGACAACGUCCGUUUUAAAGAGCAAGUCACCGUAUGGGAACAAUUCACAAUUGAUAUGUUUACUUUCAUGGCCGCACUGGUAUUCUGUGGUAUUCAUAUUGCGGCGUGGAAUUUCAUCUUCCCAACUCGAGCCGAGCAAAUAAUCUGGCGAGUCUUUGCUCUCGUCUCAUUCUCCCUGGCCUGGCCAGUGGCUUUAAUGUCGGAUAUAUCCUUACUCGGGCCGUGGUAUAAACAUGGAAGGAAGGCACCUAUCCCUAGAGAAUAUUUUUAUCCCUCACAGACUCGGAUUUGGCUUCUUAUCAUGUUUUAUCUGGAAACAUUGUGCUCAUGUUUAUAUCGCUGCGAGCCCUCCCCGCUGGAUCCUAUUUAUCGAUUAAUUGGCUAG